AUGAGCAGAGACGACCAUCUCGGAAGCGACACAGUAGUUCCCUUGGAAGGCCGCAUCCUCCGUGAUGCUCAAGGAAAGUUCAUCUUCAUUGGCGAUUGUGCUCCACUGUCAUUCUUGCAGACUGUGAGGCAUCUUAUAUCAUCUGAAGUUGGUUCCGAUGCAUUCGCAAUCCAGGCCUCACGCGACUCCAUCAUUGAAGUCGCUCGUGCAGAGGUUCCAGUUGGUCGAUCGCCACCCACACAUAUCCGUCCCGAGGAGGUCGAGGCUCUGAUUCAUGAAUAUGUCGCGGCUACGAGCGGACUGGUCGAUCUUUUUGAAUAUCAAGACUUGAUCACGGAGAUGAAUGUGUGGGCUAGACGUCUCUCUGUGAACAACCCUGAGGAUGCCGCUACGGCUGUUUUCUACCUGGUGGCUGCUAUUGGUAUGCAAGAAGAUGAGGAAGAGAGAGCUGAGCUUUGGUUUGAUUAUGCGCGAAAUCUACUCAUGAAGCACAUGUGUAACAGCAUGAAUGUCGCGACUGUACAAGGCUUUACACUUGUUGCUGUGUACAUGCUUAGAGCCUUCCAGCCUAAUGGGGCAUACUUAUACUUCUCCUUGGCUGCUCGUACAGCCUACGCAAUUGGCCUUCACCGGACUGAAGUCAAUGCUUCCUUCGGUAGCUCCAUACGCAAGAUGAGGGACUGCAUAUGGAAGAGCCUUCGGGUUGUAGACAUGGUUAUCAGUACUGUGCUCGGCCGACCACCUUCAACCUCCGACGUCGAUUGUACAGUCAAGUACAGCAUUCCCGAAAGUGACCAGGUCCGAUCGAAUAUUUUAGACCCCAGCGUACAAAUAUUCAUGAUCAUCGAACGCGUCGUGGUUGAAGUAUACUCUCGCAAGCGGAUUUCCAUACGUAUUGCCGAUUAUGUCUCACGACAGCUAAAGGGCUGGGCUUCUAGAUGGCUACUAGACCUGACAAAGCUUACAGUGGAGCACAACGGCGUCUCACGGAGUACCGUCAUUGGCGCAUGCUCGACCUUGUGCUCGUAUUACUACGGCAUCAUGCUACUGACGAGACCUUUCCUAAUUUACGAGAUCUACGAACAUUUAGGCGCGUCCUUACGUGGUGGAGGUACGCAGAACGACCAUCGACAAAAGCGUAAGUACGCUGAUGCUGCUUUGGACGCUGCCGCUUCAUUUGUUGAGACAUUGCGAGCGGUUAUCGACACUGAAAUCAUGCCACGUCGCAUGCCUCUGAUAGUACCCUGGCUCUUCACGACAGCGCUUGUUUUAGCUGUCGGCGUUCUUGGUCGAUCCGGUCUUGUCUUUGAAGACAACUGCCUUGCAUCAAUCCGCUGCUUGGAUUAUUUCGGCAGAACAGACCCACACGCACGGCAAUACUCAGUCAUCGUCCAAUCUCUGCUUAAAACAACUACUACGCACGCGAAAGAAAGGGAGGUGGCACAGCGUUUGCAGCGGAAACAAGCCUCAUCCGAGCUGUUUGGUUUGCUACCUUCUCUAUCUAACCCAGUCGCCCGAGACUCCCCUCGUAAUCCUAGUCAGGACCGGAAUGCACCCGGUCCGAUCAUGUCGCAAGCCCCAGCGCACGAUGCUGCUCCGGUUCCAGUGCCUUACGACUGGACCAUAUACGACGCAGAUUUCUUUGCGCUGCCGUGGUCUAGUGAGAAUGAUCAAGGGCUGCAAGAUUUCCUCCAACCCGGCACUCACAACUUUGGCGGUGAGACAGUUGCCGACAUACCGCUGUUUCCCAUAUACGACCAACAGAUGGGUGGUGCCUUGGGGCAAUAG